GCGCACCGAAUCAUAACACCGCAUAUGAAGUCUCUUCACUCGUCCUCAUGUCGCGCGGGUCUUUCCGCCUUAUUUAUCGGUUCCAGUGACAGGUGUAGCUGCAGCGCGUGAGAGGCCGAAGUAGGGGGAUGGACAGCGGGGCACGGCCGUGAAAACAUGGUGGCUGCGAGGGCUGACCAGCUGGAGUUAGCUUUGGCUAGCAAAUGGCUGCUCGGCUGGGACGUCUUGCCACUGUGACAAAUGAUAAGACACGGGAAAGAGUGUUGAAGCAGAGGGAAACUUGAGCCUUGCCCCCUCCCCAAACAAGCAUGUGACAAACGGGCUCCAGUGUGACCAAAGACUUGGUUGCAGCCAAAAUGCCUCGUCUGGAUGAAGUGGCCAACAUUGCCCUCAGGGUGCCCAGCAUUCUGGUUCUGGACCUGCUGUACAAAUGUGACAUCGAGGGUCUGACCGAAAACCUCAAGGCUAAAAACGAGGAUAUGCUCUUCAAAUACAAAUAUGUCAUCUGGAACAUGUUCUACCUUGCUCACCUGACAAACCUGGUCGUGUUGAUCCUGCCACUGAGACACAUUGUUACGCUCUACCUUCAUGUCCUCGUUGCCCUCCUCCUGUACAUGGGGCAUCAGAUUUCCAAGGAUUAUGUCCGAGAGGAGGUGCAGCUGGGAUAUGAAGGAGCGGUCUAUCUCAAUUCUUCGGCCUUUAAUAGAUUCGUCUCUGCCAUGACUAGUCAGAUCAUCCUCAGCACGCUCUGUGCCUUCCUGAUGAAGACCAGAAAGGUGUGGCUAUUCUCCACUCACAUGCUCCCCCUGCUGGCCCGACUCUUCGCCGUCCCUAAUGCCACGCUGCUGACCGUCAACACUUUCUCCAUGGGCCUGACGGUGGCAGGGAUCGGCCUCUUUUUCCUCGCCAACCUGUUUGUGCCAUAUCGCCUGGCGAGGGCCGCCUACUCAGAGCUGCUCCACCUGGAGGUGAUGGAGCUGUACAGACUCCUGGGGUUGGGGAUCUCUCUGUGGAACCAGUUCGCUGUUCCGGCCCUGUUCAGUGUCUUCUGGUUCGUUCUGUUCGCCGUCCAGCUGUGCUCGAACGUCAUGUCCUCCAGACCCUCCGCGACUUAUCAGGGAAUCAUGUUCUUUUUGCUCACUAGCGUGUCAGAAUGUUGCGCCACGCCGUACUCUCUGUUGGGCCUCACCUUCGUGGUGUCCUAUCUGGCUCUGGGACUUCUCAACCUCUGCAAGUUUUUCCUGGGAGGUUACGCUGCGGUGCAGAACGAGAACGUCAUGCACAGAGGCGUGACCGAGGGAAUCACUCUGCUGCUGCUCGCCCUGCAGACAGGCCUGCUGGACAUGCAGGCGCUGCAGCGCACCUUCCUCCUCAGCAUCAUCCUCUUCAUUGUGCUGACUUCAACCUUGCAGUCGAUGAUAGAAAUAACAGAUCCCAUCAUUCUCGCCCUGGGCGCGUCACGCAACAGAAGUUUGUGGAAGCACUUCCGUGGCCUAAGCAUGUGUCUGCUUCUGCUGGUUUUCCCGGUGUUCAUGGCUUAUAAAAUAUCCCAGUUUUUCCACAUGGACUUCUGGCUCCUCAUACUGGUUUCCAGCUGCAUGCUGACCUCCCUCCAGGUCACAGGCACCAUGCUGAUCUACUGCCUCUUCAUGGUGGAGCUGUUCCGCAGCGACCCGAUCGAGAGCCUGGACGAGGUCAUCUACUGGGUGAACGCCAUCAGCAGGGUGCUGGAGUUCCUGGUGGCGCUGUGCGUGGUGGCCUACGGCACCUGGGAGUCGCUGUUCGGCGAGUGGAGCUGGAUGGGCGCCUCCGUCAUCAUCAUCCACUCGUACUUCAACGUGUGGCUCCGAGCUCAGUCUGGCUGGAAGAGCUUCCUGCUCCGGCGGGAAGCGGCGAAAAAGAUCAACUCCCUGCCCAGAGCCACGGCGGAGCAGCUGGACCAGCACAACGACGUCUGCUCCAUCUGCUUCCAGGAAAUGAGCUCUGCUGUCAUCACAUACUGCGGCCAUUUCUUCCAUGGCAACUGUCUCCGCAAGUGGCUGUACGUGCAGGAAACGUGUCCUUUGUGCCACCAGACGGUCCAACCGACACCGGCGGGUCAGGACCCGGCUCCGGGGGACGACGGCCCGGCACCCCAGGAGGAACUGGGGCCGGAUCCGUUCGCACAAGAAGGAGAGCAGCACCUGGAAAGGCCGAGCGAUGAGGGAAACCCGGAUCUCGCCCGGCAACAGCCGGAGAAGGAGAGCGAGAGGGAAGGCCGCCCGACUGAGCCUGAAAGCUUAGUUGUCCAAGAUUUUGCAAGAUCCGACAGUGAACUGGAGGUUAGGUUUAGUUCCCAGAACCAACUGGGAAGAACUUCUGAGGACUGUUGCAGCCCGUUUGAGGUGAACAGCACAGACUCAUCUUCGUGGACAGAUGUUGGAGCUAUGAGCGAGAACCAAACGGCCUCCGAGUUAUCAGUACUCCACGGUUUUGCGUACCAUCCCAAUUGUGCCAGGACAUCUAAAUCGAGCCACAGCCUUCAAUCACACGAGGGAAACGUUUGUGAUGAAAAUCAGAAGCUCGUCUCAGGUGGUACGAGUCCUGUUGGCGCCCCAACAUCUCUCGUAUCAUGUAAUCAAAACUCUGCCGACUCCGUGACGAGUUGUCACGGUUUCAUCACGCAUUCAGAUGUGAUCCUCAAGGCGCCGUCCUCGGGUACCACAGAUUCCCAUACGACGGCGGCCGACUGCGCUCCAUCUGUGCCUUGAUGGGUUUGAAGUCCAAUUUUCCUUAUUGGGCUUGAUUAUCAAACACAUCUGCCUUCUCUAUGUGAAUCAAUUAUAUAAAAAGACCCAAAUAUCUCUUGUAUGGAAUGUUCUUCACACUAGCAAAAAAAAAUACGAGUAUUGGACCUAUUUGUGUAGACUUACCAUACAAUUGAAAAGCAGAAAAUUAUUACAAUAACUGUCAUGAACUAUAAAAAAAAAAUCAUCUUGAAAUAA